AUGUUAGCUUUAUUAUUUUUUAUCUUUGUUACCAUUUAUGCUUAAACAUAUGUUGGACAAAAUCUUUGUACUGCUUUAACAACACAAGCUGAUUGUGGUGCAGAUGUAAUUAAAGGUAAAGGUUGGUGUUAUUGGAAUGGGUAAAAUUUAUAAGAUUUAUAAUUAGCGUCUCCUGUGAUACAUUACCAUGUUAUCUUAUUGAUGAAGUAGCAGCUUGUAGAACAGGAGGAUCAUUAUAACCAGGUGGAGCAAUUAUAGAUUGUGAUUCACUCGAAACCUUCAGUUUAUAAUAUGAUAAUGUUUGUUGUGAUAAAAACCUUGGAAAAUUAAAUUAUGCUUUUGUAAGAUUCACUAUGAAUUUUGAUGGAUUUGUCCAUUAAACAAGCGAUGCUAUUUCUAUUACAAGUUUAAAUGUUGCUCUCAGUGUUAAAGAGAUGUUCAAAUUAUAUACUAUAAACCCUUGGCAUGUAUCUAUUGAAACAGACGUGGUUUAAUUUUAAGCCAAAUUAUUAGCAAUUUUAAAUAAAUAUUUAGAUUCCCCUACUAGAACAGUUUUGCUUACGCAAUCAAGAUCUCAUCCCUUCUAUUUAGAAAGAACAGUCUAUCAAUCUUUAUAAUUGCUCAGAGAUUGGACUGUUAGAAAUAAAUCUCCUAAAACCCUUAGAGAUGCUAUUCUACCAAAAAUUUGGAGUGUUGCUCUAGUUGCUUUAACUAGAAUGACAACAUUCUAACCAAACUAUUAUUAAACCAAUUAUUAUUUUAUUAACUUUGCUAUAAUCCCUUAUUUUAGAAACUAAAUAAAAAUGUAAGGUUAAAUGCAUACAUUAACUAUUGAUUGGAGUGGUUAUAGUUAUACCAAUAAUGGAUUUGUAAUGGUUUAUUCAUAUGCUCCAGAAUAAUUUGGAAUAACAAAGGCUUAUAGUGAUGUUGUUAGUAUUCGUCCAUUUUUAGGAAAUACUGUUGCAUAUGUAGAUACUUAAGACAAUUACGAUAAUUUAUUUUAUCCACUUAAAUUUAUUUAUUAUUGGUCAGAUACCUCUAUCACAAUUGUUCAAGCUAACCUUAAAUUAUUUGCCAUUACCAAUGAUGCUGAUCCAACUAUUUAUACAGAUACAGGAGCAACCUUUACUUGUGAUUCAGCUGCAAGAAUAUGUACUUCAUCGGUUUAUAAUCCCUCUUCUAAUCCUAACCUUCAAAAAGGAUAAAGCUAUUAUAUUGGCCUUGUCGAUUCAGUAAUUGAUAAAAAAAGAGCAUAAUGUAUCUUAGCUUAUAAUACUUGGACAACUGCAUGCGCUUGAUAAAAAUAAUCCAC